GGAAGGGAGUUCUAAAGACGAGGAGUGACAGCUUGAAAGGAGUGGUUGGAAGAUUUUGGGGUUAAAAGGUCAGAGAUAUAGGUCGGGGUUUGACUAUACAAGGCUCUAAAAACCAAACGUAAAAUUUUAAAAUCAAUUUGAAAGAAAAUGAUGUCAUUUUGAUGACAUUUUCACCUGUGCGGUCAAAUUAAAAUAUUUCACAAAGGAUGAUGGCCAUCACAUAUUUUCAGCACACUAAAUCUGAUAGUCCUUGCAAAAACCUUAGACACCUUGAAAUGUUUUGACACAGUUUACUUUUGUUGUGAACAAAAUACUUACUGUGUAAUAAAUAUUUGAUUAUACAAUUAAAUACGUAAUUAUACAAAUGCAUUUCAAUUUUACUUAGUUUAAUUGACUUAAAUCUGACUACAAAAAUGUGUUUUACAGUAACUUUAAUUUACCGGUAACAUUUUGCCUUUACAUUAAAGUAGUUACUUACUCAUUUAAUGUUUGGAUAAAGUAAUGAGUAACUAUAACUGAUUACUAUACAGUAACGUUCUCGACACUGCUCUGACACACCCGUAAACUCGUAUUUUUGUGGUCACGUAAACAGCUGUUUUCUAACCCGUCUGUCCAGCAGGGGGCGCUGUUUGUUUGACAGGUUCAAGGCCGACUCGGAAGUUUACUUCAUCUCUGAUUCAGCGCGAGCGGCAGCUGCAAUGUCCGCCUCUCCGUCCGAACUGAGGCUGGUGCUGCUCGGACCCGCAGAUGCUGGAAGGAGGGCGGCGGUCUGCUCCCUGCUGGGCCUGCAAGACUCGCCGCAGGGCAGUACUGAAGCCCACGAGUGCAGUAAAUUCAGAGGAGAGGUUUGCGGGACGCAGGUCACCGUGGUCUCCAGCCCAGCCUGGUUCAGCUCAGCCUUCAGCUCCGCUGAGAGGAGAAGGCUCAUCUCCUCCCUCAUUGCUUUGUCCUGCCCGGCGCCGCACGCCUUCCUGCUCUGUGUCCCUGUGAACCAGCCAGCCGAUGGAGAGCCCAAGGCCCUGGACGCCCUGGAGACGCUGUUCGGCCCCCCCGCCGUCACGGCCAACACCAUCGUGCUCUUCACCCACAUGGAGGAGCUGUGGGAGGACGAGCAGCUGGAGGAGUACAUCGUCACGUGGCGCAAAGACCUGCAAGAGCUCGUGGAAAGGUGCGGCGGCUCCUACCACACCCUGGAAACCCGGCAUGGAGGAGAAGAGGAGAGGAAAGUCGUGGAGGGGCUUCUAGCGAAGGUGGAGCAGGUGGUGCUGAAGACGGGGGGCGUCAGCUGCCCCCUCUACAAGGAGGCGGAGGACCGGGUGAGGCAGCGGCAGCAGGAGAUCGUGAGGCAGAGGACGGCAGAGGUGACAGAGGAAGAACUGGAGGUGGUGCGGCAGGAGGCAGAACGGAGCGCCGGGGGCUUCCAUGUGGAUCUGGACCACAUCUUCUCCUCCACCACCGCCCCCCCGGCCCCCCCUUCUCCCUCUCUUCUGUGGGGGUGGUGGGAGAAGCUGGUGGGCUGGAUCCGCUGGCUGCCCAGCCUGGUGAGGAGAGAGGCGCUGUUCGGAUCUCUGGUCGGCCUGUUUGUGGGAGGGUCUCUGGGGGGAGCGGUGGGGGCCACAGCGGGCUCCGUGGCCACUGAGGUGGGCAGAAGAAAACAGAAAAACGAAUGAGACCAACUUUGACCUUUCUUCUCCAGAAGUCGCACCUGUGAUGCAGUAGCAGAGCUUUCACCGCAGCUUUAAGAGGAGACUUCCUGUGACGUUCAGAGCUUUAAGUUUUACUGUUUCCUAUGCAAGAACGUUUGACAGAGGCGGCGGAGGUAUCAUGGUCGGGGCUUGAAAAGAUUUAAAUCGUUGUUUGUCAUCAACUUUGCUUUAUAAAUUCAUGUCAGUGCUAACAGCCUAAAAGAUUUGACAAUAUUUGGAUUAAUUAGUUCAUAAAAAAAAUGUUACUUUAAAUUAUUUAAAAUUCUCGUCAGUAAUUGACUUUCUAAAUGAUACGGAAGGAAAAUGUUUUUUUCUUUCUUUCACUAAUACUUCACCUUAAAUAUUCUUGUUUGUUGAAUUAAUUAGGCUUUGAUGACAUGAUUCAUUUUCUAGAAGUUAUCAUCAGGAAAAAGUGACUUUUGUUUUGCUUUAUAGUUAAUAUUAUUUUCUAAAUGAUUUAAAAAGCUUUAAAGGCUUUUAUUUUGAAGACAAAUCAUUGUAUCACUGUUCCAGCCAAUCUAAUGUUUCUUUACAUCACAAACAUAUGAGGAUCCAGCUUUAAACACUGUGCAUUGAAAUGAUUUAGGAUUUGUCUGUAUAUGAGAACUGGACUGAGUGACUCCUCCCUUCUUGCGUUCCAAACGGGAAGUAUUCGCUGGUUCCAUGAAAAUCCCAUAAACUUCUAAAGAGAAAUAUACAACUAUUACUCAAUCAUUAUAUUUGUCUGAAUAACAUUUCUUGCUUUGACACUUUUUUUUUUGUAUUUUUCAAAGUAUUUUUUUCUGUAGUCCUAAUUAUUCAAGUUUUCAACCAACCAAUCAGGUGCCUCCAUAUAGGUAGGAGGUGCCUGCUGGCCCCCGGAUCCUUCACUCGUUUGAUAGAUUUCGUGUAGCCCACUUUCAAGUGGUAGGGGUGUGGCUUUCCAAAAAGCUCACUCCUGAUUGGUGAGAGUGGUUGCCAUAGAAACUCGGAUAGAUCCAGACCAACCACUUACUGACCACGUCUGGAUGCAACAUGGCAAAUUAACUUAUUUUGAUUGGAGCCUUUAGGGAGUCAUUUUCUAGGGAUGAUGUCACAGUCACAAAGUCCAGUUCUCAUAUACAGUCGGUGGUUUUAACACUGUGGUUCGGGUGCAAUACUGGGGAAUGUCCACUAGGUGGAGACACUGAUCUUUAGUUUACAUCUUUUUGAAGUGCUGCUUAAAUAAAAGCUGCUGUGUGACACUCCGAGAUCAUCA